GUUUACUGUUUGUAAAUCGUGUCGUUGUAAGAUCUGCGUGUUUGAUUGAAAUACGCAAUAUCUGCCUAUUAGAGAUUAUAAAAGUGAUAUAUAGAGACUAUAAAUUAGCGUUUAAUCAAAAGCUAUUUUUACUCAUAGAUAUAAUUUUAUAUCAUUGAUUUGUCCAGUUUACGAUGGAAAUUAUAAGACGAAGGCCAUAGUAAUAUUUUUUAAUCUGUGGUGAGAAUGUUUAUUUAUUCACAAACGCAACCUACAUAGACAACACAUACUCCACUCAAGCAGAUUUUCCAAGCAUAUAAAUAACAAAUGUUUAUCAAGCAAGAUGACCGUACGACAAACUUCCAAUGAAACCACUGUUUACAAAAAGACAUCAAAGGGCAAAUUCCUCCUGGAUGAACUUUUUGUGAACCGUGUUCUUCAGUUUAGUUCACAGUAUGGAGCAGCUCAAAGUAUGUGUUACAUUGCCAAUAAUUUAGUUGGACCACCUGAAGUUUAUCCAAAACAUGGAGAUUUCACAUGCACGUGUGUAUUUCGCACAUAUGGACCAUGGUGGAAAAUGGCCCCUUCGGCUCCUAAAAGCUUUGGAAGAUUUUCUACACCUUACCCAAGUGAUGAUUUUGUUGAAAUCUUAUUUGAAAGGAUGGUGUACCCUACUGGGUUCAAAGUUUAUGAAACCUAUAACCCUGGGGCAAUUGUAAAAGUAAUGGCUUGUGACAGGUUAGCUGGUACCUGUGUUGACCAAGGUGAUACAAAGUGGAAUUGUGUCUGGUCAGGUCCUCCACAGAAAUGUUCAGAAAAGUGCAGAAUUUUUGAGAUAAGCUUCAAACCAAUUUCCUACCCUACUAAUUUAUUUCGCAUUGAAUUCCAUCACCGAAUGUUACAGUAUUAUACAGAGAUUGAUGCCAUACAGCUGAUAGGUUACAAACCAAAUCUUGAAAAUUAUAUUGUUUCCCAGAUUUCAUUUAGUACAGCCAUUACUUCACCUGAUGCCAUUCAAAGGGAUUCUUUAACUGAAAUGGAUGGAGGUUAUUUUAAACUAUUACCGCAGGAAAUACUAUUUUUCUUGUUGAGCUAUCUUGAUCAAGUUUCUUUAUGUUUACUUUCACAAACUUGCAAGUAUCUUAGAGAUAGUACAUAUGAUGCUUUCCUCUGGACAAAAGUCAACUUAAAGCCAUAUUGGUACAAGGUGUCUGAUAAAACUUUGAAUAGUUUGGUUUCAAGAUGUAAAAAGUUGAAUAAAUUAGAUGUCUCAUGGUGUAAUGUAACAGAUUUAAGCCUGAAAGGACUUCUUGUUGCCUCUAGCACCAACCUGAUAUGUUUGCGGUUAGCAUGCUGUGAUUUUAUAACUCUGACCUCUCUGCAAAUACUAGUUAAGGCCUGCACAAAUUUGGAAGAAUUAGAUUUGCAGAAUUGUUCUGGAAUCAACUGCAAUGAAUUUGAGUAUAUUUGUCGACUUGAGCAUCUUGAGAAUCUCAACUUGUAUAGUACGACUAUCACAAGUCCUGCUAUACUCCAAAUACUGAAGGGCUGUUUGAAGCUGAGAGUGCUGAACUUGGGUAGUUGUUUCAUGGUUGAAAACUAUGAUAAAGUUGCUGAAUAUAUUGCAAAAUAUUCAAGAUGCAUUGAAUGUUUAGACUUUUGGCGAGCACGUUCCCUCAGUAGUAAUGGACUUUUUACUAUAAUUAAUAACAACAAUAUGUCUCUUCAGGAAUUAGAUCUUGGAUGGGUUCGUUCCUUGCUGUCUGAAUCUGGUUGUUUUAUAGAAUUAGUCCGAAAAUGUCCAAAUCUCAAAAAACUAUUUUUAACAGCCAACAGGACUGUGUGUAAUGAAGAUUUGAUGAAUUUUGCUGAAUAUGGAUGUAAUUUGGAACAGUUGGACAUCCUUGGUAUUUGGGAAGUGUCUGAAGACUGUGUUUAUAGGAUCCUACAGAACUGCCACAAACUACGUUUCUUGGAUGUUUCCUUCUGUGAUGAUAUCAAAGAAUCUUCUGUGAACUUUUGGCGCCAGGCAUUCCCUCAUGUUUCAAUCAAAAAGAGUUAUUCAACCAAUCAUUAGAUCUAUAUAUUCUACAAUUGUUAUCUUUCAUUAAAUAAAGAAAAUUCAUCUGCCAUGACUUGAACCACAAUCCGGAAAAAAUAAAAUGCUUAAUUCUAAACUU